AUGGGCGGCUGCACUGGGUGGGGAUUGUGCGAGAGUUAUGUUGCAGCCUUUGUGAAGUCUCUGGCCAACUCCAAGGAAGAGCGCACUUCCGGUGAGGAGUACAUAAAGAGUUGCCAGCUGCAGCCAGGCUUCCUACAGGCCUUGGUGGCGGUGAGCGGUGACGGAGCUGUGGACUCUGGCAUCAGAACCGCGGCUUUGGUCUACUUGAAGAAUGAAAUUUCGAACCGUUGGCACCCGAAUGACUUCAAUAGCCACCAAGUGUACGGCGAGGCUGACCGCCAGAUGAUUAAGAAUACAAUUUUGCCUUUGAGCGCUUCCAUCCCUUUGAGCGAGGUUGCUUUGAGGAAGACGGUGGACCAAAUUUGCUUCAUCCUACUCCGGGGUUCUUUGACGGAGGACUGGCCCGGAUGUCACGAGACGGUAACGAGUAUGUUACGGGAUCGCGGGAACAUCCAGAAUGUGGUGGCGGCCUUGGGCUUUAGUGUUAAGCUUGGGUACAAGUACAGUACGGCCUAUCGCACGGAAAUUAAGCCAGAGUGUGUGAACGGUGCUGCUGAGUUGGGCCAGUUGAUAUUGGAAUUGGUGCAGUCCCUGGGCCCGAACGAGCUGUACAGCUCGCUAGCAGCGGCGUACGUGGUGAAGCAAGCUGCAAAGUUUUACUUCCGCGUCCAAGCGUUGCUCAAGAAGACGGAGUGGUUCAGCACGAGUCUGGGUGUAUGGCAGCGGUUCCUCACGGCGGUGUUGACGACGCGGGUGCCUGUGGGUGGUGCAGAUGCUGCGACGGUGCAGUUGUGUGUGAAGGCUAAGAAGUGGGCCGUGCAGUGCUUCCGGAAAGAGACGAUGAGUUUCUGCACGCCGAGGUCUGCAAGUUCGCAGAAUGACGUGCCGGCAGCAGAGACUUAUCGCGCCCAAUUUUCGGCGGACGUAAUCCGGUUGCUGAUGAAGAUGCUAAUGGAAUGCCAUCAGCAGCGUUCUGCAGGUUACGAUGCUUACGACAAGUUGGAAGGCAUCAUCCUGAACACUUUGUCUUACGCACUUGAGUGUGCCAAUUGCUACAAGGUCAUAAAGCCCGAGAUCGAGAAUAUGAUUGCCGCUAUCAUUCAUCCGUUGCUAUGUUAUACAGAUGACAACAUGAACGACCGAGACAUGGACCCGUUGGCCUACGCCAAGGAGUCUGAUGAGACCUUUUGUACCUUCAACCCCGCCGAGAGUGCGGCCGGCUUCUUUGCUUCACUGAAUCGUCUCCGAAGUGUGGACUUCUUGCCGUACUGCAGCCAGUUCGUGCAGCAGGAGUACACCGCCUACGCUGCGAACCCCGUUAAGGGCGUGGGCUCGGAAGCAUCUAAACGUAAAUAUGGCGCACAUCGAAUGCUCGCUGAAAUUUCUAGACGCCUGACCUGCAAGAAGAGACAGUUGCAACUGGAGGACCUAAUCUACGCCCACGUCGCCGGCGACCUAGUCGGUGAAGACGUCUGGCUUCGAGGGGCUGCUUGCUUCCUGCUCACUAAUUUGUUCGAGAAAUGGGAACUCGAGAUCAAGAACCCCUCAGGGCUCGUAGACCUGCUUCGCCAGGUCCUGAUUAACAGCCGCCACGCUGACUGCACUGUGCGGACCGAGGCCUUGAGAGCGUUGACAGUAUUUAUCGAAUUCCAGAAUGACUCACUACGGGAGUUCAUUACCCAGAACAUCAAGGAGAUUGUGCAGAAUUUGUUGAGUAUGACUGGUCAGCUGGAAAUCGCUGACACCGCUCUAUCGGCUCUAGCCAUACUGGUCGAGUCCUUCUCUGCAGAUGUGCUUGCAUUAGCACCCACGAUUGUGGAAGAGCUCGUAAGAAUGUUUGCUCAAAUCACCGAAAAAAUGAAAGGAGCCGAAAUGACUGAGGAACUAGACCAAAUUGAAAUGACUAGAGCAAGCGUCUCGUUGGCCCUUACCUCUCUAUGUACCACCUUGGUCUUAGACGAGCAAUGCAAGAAAAAUAUGGGAAUUUUGGCCCCGAUUAUGCGGCCAUAUCUGGUUCUUGCCAUGACCCCAGAUUCGGAAGAGGUUGUAGAGGACGCAGUGAAGAUCCUGAACAUGAUCACAUACGACAUCGAGAUAAUCCCCGAGAACUAUUGGAUCUUCUAUGACGUGAUGUACCAGGGUAUCUGUGGUGGUCCGAAGCCGUUGGUGGUGGACGAGGAGUCUUGGGGCAUGAUGCAUUUGUCGGACUUUAUUUUGGCUCUGGACAAUUAUGUGGUCAAAGGUCUGCAGAAGUUCCUGACAGAGUCUUCGCCGGUCACUGGUAUUGCCUACAAGCAGGAGUAUCUACAGAUGAUUGAAGUGGCUCUGGCCAGCGGCGAAGACGACACCAAGAACCCCAUAUCAGGUUUGAUGAUGUUGUACUUCCUCACUGACGCACUUACACGAGAUUUGACGCCGGAGGUGAUAACGAGCAUUUUGGGUAUUGUGGAGGGUUACCUGGCCAAGUAUAGUUUUGACUCUCAGCCGAAGGGAACAAUUGAGCAGAUCGUGAAGAUUUAUUUGACGAUGAUGGGUGGCAAUUUACAUCAGACAGUAUCUUACCUCUCAUCCAAGAACCAGCUGGUUCAAGUGUUGGAGUUGGUCUACAACCCUCAGUAUGUGAACGCUGUGUGUACCCGUAAGUUACAGAUCCUGGUCUCCUGCGCACUGUUGAAGGAGUUGAAGCAGAACACACUUGGUGAUGAGUUUAAGAACAAGGCCGAGACGAUCGUUAAGACCAUUGCCUACCAGUGCGAGCAGAUUGCAAAAUGCCGAGCUGACCUAGAACAGGAAUCAUCUGACUGGGACGAAGACUCAGAACAAGAACUAGGUGAGAAUCAAGACGCAACCGGUGAGGAGGAAUUGCUGGACAAACUACGGAAGAAAGGACUUCUUGACGAUGACAGUGAUGAAUACGAUCCGGCAAUUUUCCUUGAGUGCGACGAACGUGAAUCGCCUUAUAACGAAAUGUGUGACUACACCAUUGCCCGAGAUACCAUCCAGAGCUACCCUGACGUCUUCACACACGUGUUGGGCGAAGAAGACACCAAGAAACUUCUUGAGCAUCUAGACAACGUCAUUGAUAACAAGACCCAGCGGGCUAAAGAGUAA